UUAUGGAAUCACAAGCCCAAAAAUAGUAAGAAAUUCUGUUGUCUUUAUCAUGUAAUCCUAGAUAUAUUUCUUCAUAAUGAUUAGUGGGUAUCUUUCUUUGUCCUACUUCUCGAGUCCCGAAAUCUUCGAUACUUAAUGGCUGGUACUGUCACGUGAUCCGUUUCGAAGCCACUCGCUCGUCAUUGGUCAAAUUAACCCGUUCCAAUGUGGCUUUCUACCUCAGCUUCCAACUCCUUUGGUAGCCUUGGCCAGUAGCAGGCUACAUCAUCAAGCUAUCAACGUCAACUCUCACGUCGCCCUUGACACUAGAGCUCGCCGACGGCUUCAUAUCCUCACCAUGGCAGAAUCAGAGCUCGCCCCCAAGUUUGCCCCCUUUAUUGGGAUGGCCGGAAUUGCAGCUGCAAUGGUCUUCGGAUGUAUUGGAGCUGCUUAUGGCACAGCCAAGUCUGGCAUCGGCAUUGCUGGUGUCGGUACAUUUAGACCAGACCUCAUCAUGAAGUGUCUCAUUCCCGUCGUCAUGUCCGGUAUUAUUGCCGUUUACUCACUAGUCAUCUCCGUCCUCAUCGCUGAGGAUCUCGACCCAGGCAAGAACUACAGCUUGUUUUCGGGUUUUCUGCAUCUCGGAUGUGGUAUUGCAGUCGGCAUGACUGGUCUUGCCGCUGGUUACUGCAUCGGAAUUGUCGGCGACACUGGCGUUCGUGCUUAUAUGGAACAGUCUAGGAUCUUUGUUGGCAUGGUCCUGAUCCUUAUCUUCGGCGAAGUUCUUGGUCUCUAUGGACUCAUCGUUGCUCUUCUCCUGAACAGCAAGAGCAUUUGAACAGCAAGAGCAAGGGUUAGACAAGUCCUAUUCAAUCAACAAUCACAUACCUAUUCUGUCGACCUUUCAUUGAGUGGUCGACUUGUGCGUCGGGGAGGUUUUGAGCUGUCAUCGAGUUACGGAGGCAUACCAUCAUAUGUACAUCGGGCAUGGCGUUAUUGGACGUGUAACAUAUCUUUUGCAAACAGGUAGAGAAAUGGCGAAGAAGUUGACCGUAUCUAGCUUCGAGUAUAAUCACAAAGUCUAUGCUAGCA